UUCCUCCCGCGCCGCUAGGCGGGCGGAAAGGGCAGCGGGCGCCUUUAAAUGCUAAUGAAGUCGAUGCCCAACUCCGGAGCCAACUCUCCCCACCCUCUUCCCUCCCCGGCCCGUGCGCCGCCUAGAAAAACUUGUGCGGGGCCAUUUUUGGGGCAGUAAGAUCCAACGAGGAGCCCAAGAGCUAGCGCGCAGCCCGAGAGCUCGAGCCGCCUCCGCCGCCAGCGCCUCGAGAUCCGCACCGGCCUCCCGGAGAGCGAGCCCCGGCCGCCGCGACCUCCAGCCGCGCUAACCGCCGACCAACCGCCAACGAGGCGCCCGAGGGAGAGCGGAGGAGGCGGCAUGAGCGAGGCGGGCGAGGCCACCACCACCACUACCACCCUCCCGCAGGCUCCGGCGGAGGCGGCCGCCGCGGCCCUCCAGGACCCCGCGCCGAAGAGCCCGGCGGGCGGCGCGCCCCAGGCCCCGGCCCCGGCGCCCGCCGCCCUGGUCGCAGGCAACCCCGGCGUGGACGCGGCCCCCGCGGACCCGGGCACCGCGGCCCCCGCCUCUUCGGCCGCCGCGGGCAGUGAAGACGCGGAGAAGAAAGUUCUCGCCACCAAAGUCCUUGGCACUGUCAAAUGGUUCAACGUCAGAAAUGGAUAUGGAUUUAUAAAUCGAAAUGAUACCAAAGAAGAUGUAUUCGUACAUCAGACUGCCAUCAAGAAGAAUAACCCACGGAAAUACCUGCGCAGUGUAGGAGAUGGAGAAACUGUGGAGUUUGAUGUGGUUGAAGGAGAGAAGGGUGCAGAAGCAGCCAACGUGACUGGCCCAGACGGCGUUCCUGUGGAAGGGAGCCGAUAUGCUGCAGAUCGGCGCCGCUACAGACGCGGCUACUACGGCAGACGCCGUGGACCGCCCCGUAAUUGCGCUGGGGAGGAGGAGGAAGGGAGCGGCAGCGAAGGAUUUGGCGCCUCAGCCGCUGACGGGCAGCUCGCUGGGGCCCUGAGUCAGCGGCGCCGCCCCCAGUACCGCCCCCAGUACCGUCCCCAGUACCCGCGGCGCUUCCCGCCUUACCACGUGGGACAGACCUCUGACCGCCGCUCCCGGGUCUUUCCCCAACCCAACGGAACGCAGGCGGGUGAGAUUGGAGACAUGAAGGAUGGAGUCCCAGAGGGAGCACAACUUCAGGGACCAGUUCAUCGAAAUCCGACUUACCGCGCAAGGUACCGUAGGGGCCCUCCUCGCCCACGACCUGCCCCAGCGGUUGGAGAGGCUGAAGAUAAAGAGAAUCAAGAAGCGGCCAAUGGUCCAAACCAGCCACCUGCUCGCCGUGGAUACCGGCGCCCCUAUAACUAUCGGCGUCGCCCCCGUCCUCCUAAUGCUCCUGCACAAGAUGGCAAAGAGACCAAGGCAGGUGAAGCACCAUCUGAGAACCCUGCUCCAGCCCCCGAGCAGAGCAGUGUCGAGUAACAUCGGCUCCCCAGGCACCUUCACCAUCAGCAGGUGACCUAAAGAAUUAAUGACCAUUCAAAAAAUAAAGCAAAAAGCAGACCGCAACCUUACCAACACCAAAGAAACGUCCAAGCAAUAAAGUGGAAGACUAAUAACCAAAACGUGGACAUUAGAAUGUUCACUACUAUUCUUUACGAAGCAAACAGCUACACGACGAGAGUGUCAGCCAGUUUUUCCAGCAGCUGAGAUCCUGGGAAUGCCUGCACAGAACAAGAGAGCAACCUCCCCGGUUUCAGCAGCCACUAGGUUUAUAUUUUUUUCCUGGUUUUUACUGUUUUGGUAAUAUGAAUUGAAAGAAGAAAUAUUAAUACCACGUGGGGAGACCCCCCCCCCAACCAAAGAAAUCUAAAAUAUGUAGUAAAUGCUUUUUUUUUUUCCUUUUUUGUUCAUUUUGGAUGCUGGUGCUAAACUUCCAAGUGUCAUGAGUUAAAAAGAAAUUUUAUGCCCUUAUUUAUUUUGAGGAUGAGGGGAGGAUAACAUUUUGCUUUCCUAUGUGACUCUCUUUGAAAAUGUGCAGUAUGAAAUUCCUCAAAAAUAAAAUUUUUACCCUUGAAAGGAAAAGAUGUAUAGCUGAAGUAUGUUUUCGUAUCUCAGCUGGAGUUGUUUUGUCUUUUUUGGUCUUUUUUCGUCACUUCGUUCGCUGAAUAGUAAGCUCAAAGCCAAAUGUAUAGGUGGAAUAGUGCUCUUUAAUAAAUGCAGGCAUAUGAGCUGAGAGCAUAGGAAAUGGGGUUAUUUUUGGAAUGAACAGGUUCACAUCUGAGUUCAGCAAUAGGCAUGUUUGGUUUGGUGCUCUUAGCUCUUGACUAAUCCUCGUUGAGAUGGUUGAUGACAUUUUGGUCAGCAGCUUCCUUUAGAUUAAUGAAGGGGUUAGUAGUUCUAAUAUCCUUGAACUUCUAACCACAGAGGUUUUCAGCACCAACUGCUAUGUCGUGCUUAUAUAUAUGUGUCUUGCAGAAAAGAGGAAGGGGGCCUCUUUGCAACCGCACUACAAAUUUCUUUCCCCAGGUAGUAGAUGGUGCCCCUAGGUUGAGAGACACUACAGUGUAUGUCAGUUCUGUUGAGUUAACUUCUCAGAUCCACUGCACCUUUCAAAUUAUUUAUUCCCUAAAUCAAGUACAUACUUGAGCCUAGGCUUGCGCAAAGCACUGUUCGAGUGGCACAAACCAACAAAAGACCCGAGUCCCGCAGAGUUUGUGUUUUAAUGAGUGAAUAUAGAGAAUCAACAAAUAUGUAAACAAAUGUGAAAUUUAAUAUCAGAUGGCAAUAUAUGUUAUAAAGAAAAAUAAAACAUGGUAAGGGGCAGAGAUUGGCAUAAUUGUG